AUGCCCAUGUAUGACGGAACGACCGAUCCAAGGGAGCACAUCUUGACCUACAAGCAACGAAUGAUGACAAUCCUAGUUCCCAAACAUAUGAGGGAAGCUAGCCUUUGCAAAGGGUUCGGUUCGACGUUGAUUGGACCCGCCUUGAAGUGGUUAACCAGCCUGCCAAACGGAUGCAUCACCUCUUUCGCUCAUCUCGACAACAUGUUUAAUCAGCAGUUCGCUAGCAGCAGAUGCUUGGAAAAGCAGACGAGCGACCUGUACCGUGUGGUCCAACGCCCUGACGAACCUCUGAAGGAUUACAUAGCUCUGUUCAUCAGGGAGAAGGUAACUGUACCUGAGUGUGACGUCCCGACAGCAAUCGAAGCGUUCAGACAAGGAUUGUACGGCGAAACCGAUCUUUGGAGGGAUCUGAUCAAAUACCCCUACAAGACGUUUGAGGACGCUCAAGCCAAAGCAAUGGCCCAAGUCAGGUUGGAAGAAACUCUCUAUUCCAGGAAAGGAGCUAAUUACUACACCAAGACGGAAAGGCGAUUGCCCUACCCCAAGAGAAACAAUGAUCGCCCUGCCCCUUAUUCCCGACCUCAACACGUAGCAAUGAUGGGGAAAGCGGUGCAGUGGCCACCGAAGUCCAAUAAACCCGAAUCAAAGAAGGACCCCUCAAAAUGGUGUGAUUUCCAUGCCGACAUCGGUCAUACCACCAACCACUGCGUUGCAUUAAGGAGAGAAGUAGCCUACCUGUUGAUGUGA